AUGCAGAAUUCCUGCAGCGAGUUCUCAGGCCUCUUCAGUGCAGAGGAGGAGGGGGCGAUGCAGAACGCUCAAGAGGCAGGGUCAGUGCGAAGAGAACAGGGCUCGCCGCGGGGAUCGCCGCCAACACCUGUGCGGAAAUACAGGGGAGUGAGGCAGAGGGGCCCUGGAAAAUGGGUGGCUGAGAUCGAAGAUGCCGCCCGGAAUAUCCGCCGGUGGCUCGGAACGUUCUCCUCGCCCGAAGCUGCUGCCCGCGCUUUUGACAAAGCUGCCCGGGAACUGCGUGGGCCCAAUGCAAAGACGAAUUUUCCGCUGCCCGGGACGCCAGAUUCGGCAGCCGCUCAGCAAAAACGGGAAGGAGUGAUUGAAGGCCCAUGUGUUGAGUUGGGCAUGGGGGGCUGGUCCCCACCUCCCUCUAGCACCCCUUCUCCCAAGUACCGGGGAGUGAGGAAGAGACAGUCAGGCCACUGGGUGGCAGAAAUAGAGGACACAGCCAAAAACACGCGCAAGUGGCUCGGAACUUUUUCCUCUCCCGAAGCUGCUGCCCGUGCGUUCGACCAAGCUGCCCGCGAGCUCCGCGGGCCCCGGGCAAAGACGAAUUUUCCGCUGCCCGAGGAGCCAGCGGGCAGCGGUGGGGAGAGGGAUUAUGACAGGGAGAGGGUUGGGAGAAAAAGGUUUCGAAAACGAAGUGUGGGGUUACGCGGGGGUUCCGACUCUGCUGGUGGCGAUGGGGAUGGGGAUAAGCCGGAUGGGGAGGAGGAUAGAGAGGAGGCUGGAGAGGAGAGUGGGGAGGGGAGUGCUGAGGGGAGUGGGGAGGAGGAUGAUGGAGGGGUGGAUGGAAGGGAGGAUGGAAGGUUGGAUGGAGGGGUGGAUGGAAGGGAGGAUGGAAGGUUGGAUGGAGGGGUGGAUGGAAGGGAGGAUGGAAGGUUGGAUGGAGGGGAGGAUGGAAGGGAGGAUGAGGAUCAAGUGCAUGUGCGGCUGCAGCAGGGCUCCACGGAGCGGCAUGGGCAUGUGCAUUUGCCACCCAACCAGCUUACCCUCCUUCUGUCAGCUGUGAACCGACCUGCAGGGGGGCUCAACCGACCUGCAGGGGGGCUCAACCGACCUGCAGGGGGGCUCAACCGACCUGCAGGGGGGCUCAACCGACCUGCAGGGGGGCUCAACCGAGCUGCAGGGGGGCUCAACCGAGCUGCAGGGGGGCUCAACCGAGCUGUGAAAGCACACUUGCUGCUAGAGGAGGAAUCGCUGACGGGAGGAGCAGGAGAUCUGGCAGCGUUGACCGGAGGUGGUCCCGAUGCUCCCAAACUGGCAGAUGGAGAGUGUUUGCUGCUUGGAGAUUCUCUAGGAGUUGCAGAUGCUCUGAAACCGGCACCGGUCGUGGGAGGAUCAGAAGACUAUGGGUGUGCCGAGGACAGGAAGCUGGCUGGGGAGUCUGGAGAGGAAGGGGAGGAAGGGGAGAAGGGGAAGCAGGGAGGAGGAAAAGGGGUGCAUGGGGAUGCAGAGGAGUGGGAUACGGUGCUGAGCCACAUGCAGGAGGUAGCUGCCGCUGCAUCUGUUGAGUCGGAGAAUGUUGGGAUUGACAGUUGGAUGCUAGGGGAUAUAGUGGCACUUGAUGGGAUGACUCUACAGGGUGUGACUAUGGAGGGUGUGUGUCCAAAUGGUGUGACUGGAGGGCGCGGCUAA